AAAUAGCGCAGCGGUGGCGGAAUGCGAGAACGCCAUUGACCAGCUUGGGCAACAUGGCCCGCGGCGCUGCAGUCAAGGUCAAUCCACGCACAACAGCGUUGCGACGUGCGAGCAGCUGCGGAAGCCUGCCACUCAUGGACGAGGCAAUUCUCAAGGAGCUCAUACAAAGCACAAGGUUACGCGGUGGGCCCAAGAAAGAAGCACCACUGCCACUCACCCGUGACGAAGAGCCCGAAGCGAAUGAUAAGUGCCCCAAGGAAUCAACAAAACCUACCACGUACCAAGCCGAGCUAGACAACAACAACGAUGACGACGACAAGAGUGACCAAGAGGCCGAUUCCCAAGUCGUCCGGAUUACAGAAGACAACAAUGAAGUUAUCACCGCACAUGGGGUGCACGCAGUGGCAACUCAAAACGCCUUUCGUGAAGCCAGUUUCGAGUCCGAUCUCCCAGAACUGGGAGCAGAACCUGUGCGCCAAGGUGGCGGGACGACGCUGUUAGAUCGGACCUUCAACAAGCACACAUUGAAGAAGCUGUUUUCACUCCCGUCGAUCAUGAGUACCGUCCUGGAAAAGAAGAAAAAGCCUCCAGUGUCAUCAGCGCAUGGCGAGCCAUCCCCCACGAGCCGCAGUGGGCGUGUAGUGCCGCUCCUGGAAGGGCGGCCAUCCAGUCCAUUGGCUCUACUCGAAGACGCCAUCCCUCAGUCCCCCACACUGCGCAAUGUCCGACCAACAUGGUCCAGUACACACCCAGCAUUCACCCGGUGCAAGUUUAUCGUGUGGCGUGGGGGAGUCCCUGGGUUUCACGUGAGCUACAACAACAGCGGCACAGGCCUCGUGGUCAAUUCGAUAACGGGACCAUUUGCAUGGACGGAAGGCAUUCGAGUGGGUGACUACCUCGAGAGCAUCGGCGGCAUGUCCGUCGCCGACAUGGACCCCCACGCCGCCAUGGGCAUGCUUCGAAUGUCAGAUAUCCCCACCGUCUUGCGCUUUCGUGCAUCCUGCGUUGUUCCGAGCGAGCGGUUUUUUGUCCCGCUACAUGAAAAUGAAAAGCUUGGGGUGACGUUUGCCUCCGAUGGCAACGAAGCCAUUCCCGUGGUGAACCGCAUCACGGACCGCAAUGACACGCUGGCGCAAUCGUAUGGCCUCGGAUGUGGUCAUGUUCUCGUGGCCAUCAAUGCACAGGACACCGUUGCCAAAGGCCUCACGGUCGCGAUGCAAAUGCUUGCGACUGUGAAGAAGCCAGCAACCCUUGAAUUUCGAAAAUUGUGUACGACGCUCCUGACGGAACCGUUGCCCGUCUCGAUUGUGCCACCGACGCCAACGUCCGCCGUGACGCAACAACGGUACAGCACGUUCUUGUCGUCCCGCGGCACCGAAAGCAGUUUGAUCUUGGACCGGCUGUCCGUGGCCGCCACAACGCUGGAUGAAACGAGAGGCGAGAUUUUCAUCGUGUGGCGGUCCGGUCCAUUGGGCGUCACGUUCAUCCAGUGCCCGACGACUGGGCUUCCCAAGGUCAACCGACUCACGGGAAAAGGCCGAUCGGCCAUGAUUGAUCGUGUCCAGCACGGGUACACUUUGCUCUCGAUCAACGGAUCUGCGGUGGCCCCACAAACAUUUGACGCGACGUGCGCCCUCUUGGCCGUGACAGACAAGCCUUGUUUGCUCCUCUUUCGACCGCCUCCCAAGCAACCGCCUCAAAUGCAUGCUCCUUGGUUGCAGGAUCGAAUGAGCUCCUCUAGCGUCACAAACGCCACGAGCCCAAAGACUCGCAUUGGUCGGUGCUAUUCACGGCAUGUCCUCACGUCCCAGCAUCAAGAGUACGAGCUUCUCUGGGAGCAAGCGCCCCUUGGCCUCGUGUUUGGCACUGAUGCGCCCGCACCGUACGUGAAACGUGUCAAGAAAGAUUGCACUCUGCAUAUCAAGCAGCGGGGCAGCAUUGUGCUGGACACGUUGGUGGCUGUCAACAACAUGGCGACCCAUGGGAUGUCGGCAGUGGACUUGGCCACGAUGCUGCGGUCGACUUCGUUUCCAGUUGUGCUUCGAUUUCGACGGUGCUCGGCGAAUGCCGCCGUGUCUGCGUCAGCCAAUCCAUCGCAUACAAGUCAGCCUGACAAUCUUGACUGCAACAACAACACCGAACAACCGACUCACAGAUCGGGCAUGGACACGAUCUCAGACGCGUCCAGCAGCGACGCCCUCGACGACGACGACGACUUUCUCGGGAGCAUUUCUGAAGACUUGGACGCGAUGUCGAUGCAAAAGUUUGCACGAUCGUUCAAUGUAGUGUGGCAUGGAGGCGACCUCGGGCUCACGUUCGAGUACAGCGGUGGCAGCGCCGUCGUAAAGCGGUUGCGACCGCAAGGAUGCGCCCGUCGAUCGAAUAUGGUCCUUGUGGGUGAUGCCCUCGCCAGCAUCAACGGUCGUCGCAUUCCCAAAGGCCAAGCUUUCAAAGACACAAUGGAACAGCUCUUGAAGCUGCCGAAACCCGUGAUCGUUGGCUUUGAACGCGACGAAGUUGUCACGCCGAAUCAUGCCAAACUGCAAAGUUCGGGGCUCAUCCAUCGCCCACUCAACUACGACGACGAUGGAGCGGACCACGUUGAGGACCAGGGAGCUGUCGACGAUUCGACAGAGGUUUUGGAUACAUCCACGCAGUUGUAAACGAGCAUCGGUAACAAGUCACGAGUGAGUGCAUAAACUGUG